AUGGCACAACGACGACGCCGGUCCGGCGCACAUGUGGCCGGCAUCAUUGGGGAGCCCCAAGCGUUGCCAGCGCUUCUUUAUAACUGGGCGUCCUCAGAUGAAAGACGGGCUUUCCACUUCUUCCAGCACAUCACGGCGCCCUGUCUCUCUGGUGAGCUCGAUGGUGCCUUUUGGCGCGUGCUGGUGCUCCAGGUCUGCCAGUCCGAGCCCGCCGUCCGCCAUGCCAUCCUUGCCGUGAGCAUCUUACACGAAGGCAUGGUCCAGGCGGGCAUGACGCCCUACGCCAACGUCAAGGACCGGAACUCGUUUGCGCUGCACCAGUACAAUCGCGCCAUCGCUUGUCUGCUGGACCAGAUGCGGACGGUCGACGCGAGGCCACUGGUCCCGCUUCUGACUUGCCUACUCUUUGUCUGCAUUGAGCUCAUGCAGAGCAAGGACAGAGAAUCCCUCCUUCAUCUCGAACAGGGCCGCCAGAUAUUGAACCAGCUGGGGCGCAAGUCCUCGGCACGAAAUCCCGAGAUCGAUCUCAUCAAACAGCACCUCGUGCCCAUCUACACUCGCCUAAGCUUGACGUCGCUGAUGCUUGGCGGUACACCCGUCGAGAUACCAACUCCACUCAAGACAUUGACCGAGUUGCCCAUGGUGUUCGAGUCGAUCGAUGAGGUCCGGUACGCGCUCUAUGACUUUAUGGACGAAUGCCUCCGGUUCGCAAAGAAGAGUCACGUGGCCAAGCUCAGAGAGAUUCCCCCAGAUCAGAUGCGGGCGUUUGAGAAGGAUCAAGACUACCUGCUGAGGAAACUUGCAAGAUUCAACGUCGCCUUCUCGCUGUACCGUGCAACCAAAUCCCAUGACGCGCCGGCCGGUUCCAUUUGCCUCAUACAGAUACACAUCCACAGCACCUCAAUCUGGGUAUCAACAGCGCUCAGUCAGCAUGAGACAGCUUUUGACGACCACAUCGACGCCUUCUCGGCCAUGAUUCCACUCGCCACCGAAUUCCUCAACACGUCUAGCAUGCCUCCACCGAGCCAGGAGCAGCAGCAGGCAUCGGGCCGGGCAUUCGACACGCGCCGCUUCUCCGCCAUGUUUACGUUUGAAAUGCACAUUAUUGCACCGCUUUACUUUGUGGCGGCCAAAUGCAGGCAUCCACUCAUCCGGCGUGCUGCACUCGACCUCCUCCAGCGCAACCCAGCGCGCCGCGAGAAUCUGUGGCGAGCCAACGUGAUGGCAGCUAUCGCAGAGCGGACGAUGCGACUUGAGGAGAAGCAUUUGGCCCCAGACAAUCAACCUCACUCUCAGCACCCGUCGCCGCCCGAGCUGAUCGUGCCUUGGCCCGGCAUGUCAAGUUUACACGAGGAUCCCUGGUCAGGCAACCGCUCGGAUGCCCCGUUUUAUACGUUUGGCUCGAUUAACCUGGGGGCGCCAUUGGCAGCUGAUGGCGGGCCAUCCUUGGACAGCUUCGACACUUACCAGGGGCCGGUAACGUCGUCUUGCUCGUCCUCCUCGGCAACGGGAAGCGCGGAUGCGGGAAGCCUGGGCGACGUUGCGGGACAAAUGCCGAUCGAUCCGGAGCUUUUCUUCGACCCUACCGAGGUAUCGACUGCUCAUUCCUUCAGCGCCGCGCCUUCCAUCGCAUCCUCGCUCGACGACCUCGCCGUCCCGCCGGUGUCGACCCCUUAUCUCGGGACGUCUACCGAGUCGCCGUCGGAGCUAUGGAGCGGUACGACGGCACAAGCGGCCCCGGGCAGCGCGCUUGAGCCGGCGACGCCGUUGGAUAGCGGCGAGACUUUUAUCCUGCCCUUGUCGUCGUAUGCACACUCGCGGGGGCGCUCACGCUCGCACUCGCGGCCGCCGUCCCGAUCCCGCGGGCCGUCGUCGUUGGCGUCUGAUGGGUCCCCGGCUUUGCAACCGACAGGGAUGGAGACGGGAACGGCGUCGGGGCCGAACAUGUCCGGAUUUCAGGCGUACCCGAACCUGGGCUUCGGUCAGCUGAGUCCGACCACGGGGUUGCGGAGUUCGGAUGCGCCGUACGAUGUCCCUGAGCGGUUCCGGGUGCAUGAGUCGAUCAUUGGCCCGGAUAAGGAGGAUGGAACCAGCUGGGUCAUGAUGUUUCGGAAGCUUGGGGGGCUGAAUGCGGAGUGGGAUGUGAUGACUGAAGCAAUCUUGGAGUACAUGUUGCUUCGGCAGAGAGGAGGUAAAGGCUGGCCUCCCGAGAACCGCUCUUCACGACCGACGUCACAGCACUCACAGCCCAGCAGCAACGAAGUGGUGCAUCCUCCCCAGAUAGGAGACAGAGCGCCGUCUCUGGGAGAGACCAUCCGCUUCCCGCACGACAAGCCCGUGCUGGUCGUCUUCCUGCGGCACUGCGGCUGUCCCUUUGCCGAAAAGACAUUCAAGCUGCUUACGAACAUUUCGAAUCACCAUCCCAAAAUCCACUGCGUUGCUGUCUCGCAGUCGACGCAGGAGGAUACAGAUACGUGGAUCGUCCAGGUAGGAGGCGAGUGGGAGGUCCAGGUUAUUGUCGACCCCCAGCGCGAGCUGUACCAUGCCUGGGGCCUGGGCCUGAGCUCAACCUGGUAUGCCGUCAAUCCGCUGGCCUUGUGGCAUGCCUGGAAGCUGGGCACCGAGGAGGGGAUAUGGAACCGCAAUGCUGAGAGCGGCAGCAGGUGGCAGAUUGGCGGAGCUUUCGGCAUUGAUGCCCAGGGAUUUGUGCGAUGGGGUGGUCCUGCUGCCAGCGCGGACGAUGUGCCGGACUUUAAGGAAGCGCUGAGGGUUUUGGGUGUCAAUUGGGUGAGCCCAAGGGGCAGUAUGAGUUGA